UUGAUGCCCACGACCACUUCUCUAGCUCAUGCCCGUCUAGCUUCCCGGUCUUCUUCUUCGACUUCUUCCAUUCUUGAGCUACUGCGAAUUCAAGGAAGACAUGGACGAGCAGUGGAUGAUUGGGCAGACUUCCCUCAGCCUCGGCCUCAACGUCGGCGGGCCGCGAGGCGCCCCUCCGGGGACCAGGGUCCUCGUGGAGGAGGACUUCAUGUCCUCCAAGAAAAAUCACGAGGUUGAGGCGCUGGAGGCCGAGCUCCGGCGAGUGGGCGAGGAGAACAGGAGGCUCAGCGACAUGCUCCGCGCGCUGGUGGCCAAGUACGCCGACCUGCAGGGCAAGGUCAGCGGCAUGAUGGCGGUGGCCAGCAACCACCACCAGUCGUCGACGACAUCGGAGGGCGGCUCAUCGGCCUCGGCGACCAGAAAGCGCGCCCGCAGCGACAGCCUCGACACGGCAAGCCGCAACCCUUCGCCGCCCCUCACCGCGGCCGGCGCCAGCGGCCGCUUCGCCGUAAGUGUCACCGUCGUUCCCGACCAGGCGGACUGCACGCCCCUCCACCAGCCCUGCAACAGCAAGCGCGUCCGCGCCGACGAGGUCAAGGCCAGCAGGGUCUCCAAGCUCUACGUCCACGCCGACCCCUCCGACAUCAACCUCGUGGUGAAGGAUGGGUACCAAUGGCGAAAGUACGGGCAGAAGGUGACCAAGGACAACCCGUGCCCGAGGGCCUAUUUCCGGUGCUCGUUUGCGCCGUCGUGCCAGGUGAAGAAGAAGGUGCAGCGCAGCGCCGAGGACAAGACCGUGCUUGUGGCCACGUACGACGGCGACCACAACCACGCACCGCCGCCCAAGCAACAACGCUCUGGUGGCAGGAAGGGCGGCGACGCAGCCGCCGUCCACGCAUCACCGGCGCCGGUGAUUGUCCAGCAGCAGCGGAAGCAGGAAGCUUCGACGGCGGAGCAGGUGGCCGAUAGGAAGAACUUGGUGGAGCAGAUGGCGGCGACGCUGACGAGGGACCCCGGGUUCAAGGCGGCACUCGUGUCGGCGCUCUCUGGUCGGAUCCCUGUUGCCUGACCGGAAAGCUGCCAGCACAAGAGAAUAUACUCAGGAAAACAUUUUUCAAGAUAGUUGUGCUGCUGGAGUUGCAGCUAGCCCGGCCGGGCUCGAGCCUCGGCUCUCACUCGCGGAGCCUUGGGUUGGCCUCUUUUUUUAAAAGAUAGAGGCCGGUGAAUUACUUGCACCUAAGGCGACAGCCCUGCCAAGAGCGGCACCUCGACGGCCACGGCAACAACGGACGCAACCCUGACGAGAGCGGUGCCCGUUUGUGUACGAAUGGCCCACGUGGGCGUCACGGUGGCUCCGUCGACCGCGGGCGCCCUAGGGAAUGCCGCCACGCUCCCGCGGUCGCUCCGGCCGACGCUGUCCCGCCGGUCGCCACCCCGAAACCAAUGGAGAUCAUCGACUCGACGAGCUCCUCUGAAAACUUCUUCUGAUCCGAGGAAGAUCACGGGGACGAUGGUGGCACGACGUUUGCAUUCAUCCACGACGUAGUGAAUAUUUUUUGCAGUUCAUCUACAUGUAAACUCGUGAAUUGUUUGUAAAAUAGUGAGCGUAUGAA